AUGAACUACGCUUACCUCCUGUUGCUGGCGGUCACACUAGGCCUAGUCGGGCAAUGUUGGGCAAACGGUGGCAUCGAGAAUCAUCCUUGGUACGGUGUGCACGCUGUGACAUACCCGGACCAUUCGGGACCCUGUCCCUGUGACACGAAAGAUCGCGUUGGAAUACAUCCGUCCGUUGCGAGUGUCUGCGAAGCGAGUGAAUCGAGUGAAAGCAAAGAAGAUCCGGGAUCGGUAUCGGUGCCAGUGCACUACGGCAAAGCGGCACGCACGAAGGAGCUCGGAUGCAAGCUGGGCCUUCUACCCGUUUCCGUUUGCGUGUCACUCCCACCGAAUACCCCGCUGAAGCUGUCGAAGCACGUGGUCCAGCGCAUGGUGUACUCGCUGAUGAAGGAUUCAGAGCACAAGGGAUACGAAUCGCCGAAGAAGCCUUGCGGAAAGCCGAAGAAGCCAUGCAGCACCCCAAAGCACUCGCAUUCGGCCGAAGAGACGUACAAAAAGCCGUGCGAACACAAGCAACCGUGCAGUUGCUCCGUGGAGACUUACGAUCCUCCGAAGAAACAUUUCUCGUACGGUGCCUCGGCUGAGGUUCGUCAUGUGCCGAAGAACGCGCCUAAAUCCUACUCCUACCACGGUUCAGCUGAGGCCGUCUAUGGACACAAGAAGCCUUGUGAACAUAAGCAACCGUGCAGCUGUUCGGCAGAGUCUUACGAGCAGCCGAAAAAGUCCUACAGCUACCCAGCUACAUCGUCCGGUGAAUCGCACGUCGCAAAGUCCUACGCUCAUUCGAAGCCAUCCCACGGAUAUCCUGCCACGGCAUCGGCAGAGUACAACAAACCGUGCGAGCACAAGAAACCGUGCAGUUGUUCGGCCGAAUCUUACGAAAAACCCGGAUACGGAUAUACUAAGAAACCGGUCAGUGCUUCCGGUGAAACCGGAGGCUACCCCAAGCCCCUCAAGAGUGUCUACGGUGUGCAUGGUCAGUCUUCGGCGGAGUCGGCCGACUACGGGACCAAGAAGGAGGGUCAUGGGUUCACCUACAACGUGGCCUCCUCGGUGGAGAGCUACGGACCGCCGAAGCACGCCUAUAAGCCACCCCAGAAGGUACCCUACCAUCCCACCCAGAAACCAGAAGUUCCCUGCUACAAGAGCACCACCCCUGCACCUCAUCCCACAGGCUACAUCAAGGCGUGCCCCACUGCGCACCCGGUUCCUUGCACCGCGACCCACGCACCACCACCACCACCACCGUCCUACCAUCCGUACACCGAGUCUCCGCGUUAUCCAUCCCACCAGACUAGCCCGCCCUGCAAAUACGCGCACCCGGUCUACAACCACAAGGACAAUGCGCCAACCUACCCGACCACUUCGGUGCAACAAAAGUAUCACUACAACAACAACCAUGGGUACUAG